GCCGAAGGCUGAUUCCGUGGGCCGGUUACAGUCGGAAUGUCGUGGCUCUCGGGCUUACUUAUGCUGAGUUUUACUAUUCCCUAGACACACUCCUUGAAAAUGGGGAACUGUGCGUGUAUCACUAAGAAAACCAAACCUAAACAAACACUGACUCCACUUCAGGCCACCUUCAAUCAAAACGGCUCCAACAACAACAGGCCCUUCCCUCAGCACGGUGUAUCAGAACCAUUAUCCAACCCCGGAACCGUCUGUAUAAAUACCAUAAAUGCUGGUCCUAUCCAACCGUAUGCAUUUGGUGUGGCCAACUCCACGAUGUUAUCUGUACCGCCGCAGGGCCCGCUACAACUCAACCAACCGACGCUUCCAAAUUCUAUAGUACAAAUCCCUCCCCCACAAUCAUUGCCGCCGGUUAAACAAAUUCGCGUGAGAGCUCUCUAUACAUAUACAGGUCAGCAUCAAGAUGACUUGCCAUUCAGAAAAGGCGAUACCAUGUUCGUGUCCGAUGUAUCUGCUCAGUGGUGGCUUGCCCGUCACCAGAAGACCGGGGCAACUGGUUAUAUCCCUAGCAACUAUGUGUUGAUAGAUGAUGGACUACCAACAAGCCUUGACGCUUGGUAUGAUAUUAGCCGCCGGGAGGCUGACAAACGUCUGCUGCGGGUUGGUAAUCCCAAAGGAACCUACCUUAUCCGUUCGAGUUCCGAGACGCAAAACUACGCCCUUUCUGUACGGCACUAUGAUCAGGAAAGAAAUAUCUAUGUGGUCAAACACUAUCGGAUUCGUGUGCUAGAUAAUGACAACGGAUAUUUUAUCAGCAACCGGAUUACUUUCCCGAACAUAAAGGACCUUAUAAGUUAUUAUUCAAGAACUGCUGAAGGUUUAUGCUGCCGCCUGACCGUCCCAUGUCCUCGUGACUAUCGACCACCAGUGCAAUUUAGAGACUUUGAAGUCAAUCGUAACUCCAUCACCAUGGUUCGACAACUUGGUCAUGGGAGCUUCGGUGAAGUGUACUUGGCUAAAUGGAAUGAUUCGGUGGAAGUGGCUGUCAAGAUGCGCCUGAGCCACACUGACCGUACCAAAUUCAUCGAAGAGGCUCGCCUGAUGCACGAGUUCCAUCAUCCCCGUAUCGUUCAGCUUCUCGGAGUGUGCACUCAACCUGAAGAUGAACCGGUGUACAUUAUCACAGAGCUGAUGGCGAAAGGAGCGCUGGUAGAUUUUCUGCGUGGAGAUGAAGGUCAGCAGUUGAGUUUGAGCGACCUGAUUGAUAUGAUGGCCCAGAUCGCCAGUGGCAUGACAUACCUAGAAGAGCGCAAUUCCGUUCACCGAGAUCUCAGGGCUGCCAACAUCCUCGUGGAUUCCGACAACUCUGUCAAGGUAUCUGAUUUCGGUCUUGCGAAGAUAAUCAGUGAUGAUGCUCAAGCAGACCACAGCACCAAAUUUCCUAUCAAGUGGACUGCACCGGAGGCUGCUCUGCAACAUAUAUUCAGUAUCAAAUCAGACGUUUGGUCUUUUGGUGUCUUGAUGUAUGAAAUUGUCACCUAUGGUGGUACACCUUACCCUGGUAUGAGCACGCGUCAGACCAUUGUGGAAGUAGACAAAGGUUACCGACUCCCCAAUCCACACACGGCGAACCACCCAUGUCCAGACGAUCUGUACAAUAUUAUGCUCAAGUGCUGGGACGUGCGACCGGAAAAUCGACCCACCUUCCGAUCUCUGUACGACGUCUUCGACAAUUGGGCUAGCCAUGUAGAAACUCAAUAUUUUGACAAUUAGGAUGUGAAAAUGACUUUCGGAUUUAUACGUACUAAAAAUAAUCAUAAUCUAUUGAAGUAACAUUCGCUAGAGACUGUUCACCCCACCUCUAGCCCGAAACCAUAUGUGUAUCCACGGUUGCUUUCCAUGCCCACUCCUCGCCUCCGGUGAACACAUCGUUCCAAUCCUGCUUCAGGGUGUAAAUAUGUUCAAUUCUGUUUACUGUACUCGUUGCUGCCUAUUAACCUUUUUGGAGAGUUUGCGGUCGAUCCUUCUCUGAAUGUUCUCACUGAUCCCCGACAUCCGUGUGUUUACUUAUCUCUGACUUUUUUCUACUUCCAUGUUCCUCUCAUAAUCUUCAAACAUCCUCUUUUACACGAGUCUAGUAUGUAUAUUGCGCCGGUCUCUUGCGCGUUUCUCCUAAUGCUCAAAGGUUACAUGCAUUGGGUGGACUCACCACCGUUCCUAAGCCACAAUAUAUUUUCCAAUGUUACUUGUUUUCGACCUAGACAGCAAACCACCAACCAUACCCUUCAUCUCAUUGUUGUACUUCCCUUACGCAACUAUGGAUAAUCUGCUAAACCCUUGAUUCGCAUUUCAAUGGACCUACUGCAACACUCAACCAUAUUCUGUACUAAGCCAGCGUAUCAUCGCACAAUGUUUUUUUUCUCUCUUGGUCGCUUACCCCUCCUUUCAUGUAGCUAUGCUACCUACCUUGUAUGUUCCAAUGGUGCUCAAUUAUGCUUGUACGAAUUAUUCGUCACGCCAAUAUGAACCCGUCCG